AGCGCUCGGCAUUCGGCCAUUUUGUGUGAAUGAGCGCUCUCCGUCCUCACGGAGUAUUUGUGUGUUGCGGCGGAUUCGCGGCCAGUGGCGGUGAAUAAACUCCGCAUGAUUUAGUUUGACGCGCACAGGACGGAGACACGCUCGGCAAACGGAUUACAUGCGUCAGUGAGAGGCUGCGAUCGACCGAACGCUCGCUCGCCCACCCGCGUUAACUUCCGUGCGCGAGAAACUGUGGAACAGGUACGAUGGAGGAUAAGGCGUCGCUCAAGGAACUUGACCAGUGGAUAGAACAGUUAAACGACUGCAAACAACUGACAGAGAGCCAAGUGAAAACCCUCUGCGACAAGGCGAAAGAAAUUUUAGCUAAGGAAUCAAAUGUACAAGAAGUAAAAUGUCCUGUAACGGUAUGUGGAGAUGUACAUGGACAGUUCCACGAUUUGAUGGAACUGUUCAGAAUAGGUGGUAAAUCACCUGAUACGAAUUACCUUUUUAUGGGUGACUAUGUUGAUCGUGGCUACUACUCGGUCGAGACUGUCACUUUACUCGUAGCUCUCAAGGUGAGAUAUCGAGAAAGAAUAACUAUUUUGCGAGGCAACCACGAAUCGAGGCAAAUCACACAGGUGUAUGGAUUUUAUGAUGAAUGUUUACGUAAAUAUGGGAAUGCCAAUGUAUGGAAAUUCUUUACGGACUUAUUCGAUUAUUUACCAUUAACGGCGCUGGUCGACGGCCAAAUAUUCUGUUUGCAUGGUGGUCUGUCGCCAUCGAUCGACACCUUAGAUCACAUACGUGCUCUAGAUCGUCUUCAAGAAGUGCCACACGAAGGCCCCAUGUGCGAUCUGCUUUGGUCAGAUCCAGAUGAUAGAGGAGGAUGGGGUAUUUCACCCCGUGGGGCAGGUUAUACCUUUGGUCAGGACAUUUCAGAAACCUUUAAUCACUCCAAUGGGCUAACGCUCGUGUCACGAGCUCAUCAGUUGGUCAUGGAAGGUUACAAUUGGUGUCACGAUCGCAAUGUUGUAACUAUAUUCUCAGCACCCAAUUACUGUUAUCGUUGCGGAAAUCAAGCUGCAAUCAUGGAAUUGGAUGAUGCUUUAAAAUAUUCAUUCCUACAAUUUGACCCAGCACCAAGACGCGGAGAGCCACAUGUUACCAGGCGAACGCCAGAUUACUUCCUCUAAAGAACUAGACUUCAGGGCUAGGUGUCAAGGUAGGGGAAUGGAAACGCGAUCCUGACUUUAUAGUGACGUCGGACAACACAUAAUUUAUAAUAGUACAUCGCUAAAUGAGUGUGGGGCCCCGUCAUUCUUCACACGUACCACAUACAGCCCCAAGUAUUAUAUCAUGGCUCACUUUGUGGUGUCUCAUUGAGAGAUAGAAUAGAUUACACGCACGUUCUGUGCGUGCCUUACAUGAUACAUGUAGACAACAUUACUUGUACACUAAAAAGGAAGAAAUAAUACAAUAAUGUACACACGUAUCGAUUAAAUUCACUUGUAGCAUUGAGUUUUACAACUUUUAUUAUAUCCGCUUGUAUUUUUAUUAUAAAAAAACAAUAUAUAAUAAUGCACAUUUGCGCGCAAUAGGUAGAACAAAAAGAAACAUCGGUAUAAAGUAGUAUAUAUUGUUUUGUAAUCUUGAAUGAGAAUAUUAAAAUUCGUCGAGAGAAAGAGAGAGAGAGAGAAAGAUUUAUAUAAAUGAAGCAACAUCGUGUGUAUUCUGAAUGAUCGUGUGUUUUAAAGGAAUUAAUUGUCAUGCAAGAUUCCAAGAAAAUAUACCAAAAUGGUCGUAAUUUAUAUAAGUGUCGAGUUAUUAGUGUGAAUGGAGCCUGAAGUGUUCCACUUAAAGGAAAUGCAAGGUGAGUUGAUGCAACAGUAAAUUGGCAUGCAUAAAUUGUGCCAUAUAAGAACUCAAUAAAUAUAUAAUUUGCAAGUAGAAAAUUAUUGAAAGAUUUAAGAUAGCAUUACACAUACGAAUUCAUCAAAAUCAUGAUGAGCAAUUGUUUUGUUAAAAUUACAGUUGCUUUUGCGUAGUAUUUAUUAUUUUAUGGAAUAGACAUGUUUAUUUAAAUAGAUGGAAAUUUUUAAAAAGCGAAUGUAAAUCUCGUUCUCAUUGAUGUAGCUUUCUAUUAAUCUAUAUUAUUUUUGAAGUACUACGCGUUUGUACAAUAAAAGAAAAAUCGAUGAGAAUGAUAUUUACAUCCGCCGAUCCGUAUGUUUUUCUUUAGAUAAAAUAAUUAUUUCACACUGUACAUAAAAUUAGUUGAUUUGUUUUUUUACAUUUGUCUUGUAAUUAUAGACUGCAAUAUAAAAUUGAUUAAUGACUAUAAUAAUAAAAGAAAAUUACAACACUUUUGCAUCAAUUCUAUCUGCCUUCUAAAGUGAAACACGUACUUUAUCGAGUGAAUCUAUGCAUUCAUGAUGAUUAAAUUAAAAAAAAAAUUUGUUUAUGAACCUAUCCUGACGACCUUUUUAUUAUAAUUAAUAGACGUGAAACGAUGCUUCUGGUAAAUAAACAUGUGUAAUGCAGCCAAA